AUGUUGAGGCUCCUGACCAGGUGUCGGAGGGACCUCUCAUCCCUUGUGGUUCCACUCUCCAUGAGAAGCACCAGCAGUAAAACCAAUGAUAGCCUCAAACUAGCCAACAAAGUUGCUGUGAUCACAGGAUCCACUAACGGGAUCGGCUUCGCCAUCGCUCAGCGCCUGGCCCAGGACGGGGCCCACGUGGUGGUCAGCAGCCGGACGCAGCAGAACGUGGACCGGGCCGUGGUAGCGCUGCAGGGGGAGGGGCUGAGCGUGACGGGCACUGUGUGCCACGUGGGGAAGGCAGAGGACCGGGAGCGGCUGGUGGCCACGGCCCUGGAGCACUGUGGGGGUGUGGACUUCCUGGUAUGCGUGGCAGGGGUCAAUCCUAUGGUGGGAAGUACCUUGAAGAGCAGUGAGCAGGUCUGGGACAAGAUCCUGGGCGUGAACGUGAAGGCCCCAGCCCUGCUGCUGAGCCAGCUGCUGCCCCACAUGGAGAAGAGAGGGCAAGGUUCGGUGGUCCUGGUCUCCUCAGUCGUAGCCUAUACUCCAGUUGUUAGUCUUGGGGCCUACAAUGUCAGUAAAACAGCCCUGCUGGGACUCACCAAGACCCUUGCAGUGGAGCUGGCACCAAAGAACAUUCGAGUGAACUGCCUGGUACCAGGAGUCAUCGAUACAAACUUCAGCCAAGUGAUUAUCAAGGACCCAGAUGUUGAGAACCAUCUGAAGGGACUCCAUAGUGUACAGAGAAUGGGGCAGCCCAGGGAGUGUGCCGGGCUCGUGUCCUUCCUGUGCUCUCCAGACGCCAGCUACAUCACUGGGGAGAACAUCGUGGUUGCCGGCUACUCCCCCCACCUCUGAGGGACAGGAGGGCAGAGAACGGGCUUGCCUCUCCACGCGGGAGCCUUGUGUGGCGCUGCAGUACAUUGUUGGUGAAGAGUUUGUGCUCCAGAUACACACUUUGGUUCAAACUCUUCACUGUCACACUCAUGUGGACAUAUGGAGGUAAAACUCAAUAGAAAUCAAGUGGGUGAGAGGGGUAAAUU